GAGGAAGCGAGAGCACGAUCUUCCAACAAUGCAAUGGAAGAGAAGCGCCGUGCUGCCUUGAUCAAGCAGCGAAAGAAGAAGAAGGCCGAGACAAAGUCUGAACGAGAGGCCAAGGCACGGGAGCUUGACGAGCUCUUGCAGAAGAGCGCAGCCUUUAGCGACAUUCUCACCAACAAGACGCAAGUUUUGGGUCGGGUUGGAAGCAGCCUGGACGGCAAAAAGCUCGGCGAGCACAAUUUGCAGAUGGCUGCGCAGCCAAAAUGCAUGGUUGGCGGCACAAUGAGAGAGUAUCAGCUAGAGGGACUGACCUGGAUGUAUGAGAUCUGCUCGCAAGGCAUGAGUGGAAUUUUGGCUGACGAAAUGGGUCUUGGAAAAACUAUACAAACAAUAUCGUUGAUUGCUCUUCUUCGAGAACAGGAACAAUAUUUGGGCCCGCAUCUCAUUGUGGCACCUCUUAGCACGCUUUCAAAUUGGAUGGACGAGUUCCACAAGUGGGUGCCGUCAAUACCAAUCGUCAUGUAUCACGGAAACAAGGCCCAAAGAGAAGACAUCUUUCAGAAAAAUAUCAUGAGCCAUCUCAAGUCUGGCCGGCCUACUGCAAAAUUCCCCGUCGUGUGCACGUCAUACGAAAUGGUCAUUAAUGACCAUCACAACUUGUCGCGUAUAAAUUGGGAGUUCAUCAUCAUUGAUGAAGGCCACCGUAUGAAGAAUUCAGACGCCAAAUUAUUUCAACAUCUCCGUCAAUUCUCAUCAGCUACUCGUCUCCUAAUCACCGGCACACCUUUGCAGAACAAUCUCAAGGAACUCUGGUCGUUGCUGCACUUUUUGCUGCCAAACAUCUUUACCAACUGGGAAGCUUUCGAAUCCUGGUUCGACUUUUCGGAACUGGAAGAUGAACAAGGAACGCAGCAGUUCAUUGAGGACCAAAUGAAGCAGGAUUUGGUCAAGAAAAUCCACCUCAUUCUGCAACCACUUCUACUGCGACGUGUUAAGCAAGAUGUCGCCGCCUACCUGCCCAAGAAAAGAGAAUAUGUCUUGUUUGCCCCCAUGACCAAGGAGCAGACAGAUUUGUACAAUGUGCUUUCCAACAAAAACAUUGAUACCAGGUCAUAUCUGGAGGAUAAAGCGGUGGAGAUGAUUCAGAGCAAGGCUACUUCUCGGGCAUCUACUCAAACAUCGACUCGAGCCUCGUCAAGAACAAGAUCCACGACUAAGAAGAGUGGCAGUAAUGACAAGCAAGUUUCGCUACCCGUUCGAGAAAGCCCUAGAAAGAAACUUCAAGAUCGGCCAGCGUCUCCCGCAACUAAUGCUUUCAGUCUGAUGAUGGGCAAGCGAGGACCGGGACGGCCCCCUAAGAAUGCCAAGCCCGACCCCGUUUCAACUCCAUCGCAGAAGCGCAAGAGCCCUCCAACUUCCAUCAAGUCGGAAACGAAAAGUGCAAAGUCUAGUCGACAAUCAACGCCCUUGAGCGUACGCAGCCGUCGACAGGCUAAUCAAUCAUAUAAAGAAGCCGACUCUGAUGAAGAAAAGAUGUCGGAUGAUGAAUUUGAAGCCAAGCUAGCCAAUGAGAUGGCCAAGGAGGAGGAAGAGGACAAAUCCACAGACUCUAUGACUCCAGAGGACAUGGAACUAGCUCAAAGCUUGGAACUGGCCAAGAAACAAAUUGCCCGAAAGAAACUGGGAAAUCCUCUAGCCCAAAUGCGACUUGUUUGCAAUAGCCCACACAAUUUCUAUAAUCCAUGGGCCGUGGCGACAGACACUCCCGUUGAUGAGACAAUUGUCACAGCAUCAGGAAAAAUGCUUCUUCUCGACAGGCUACUCAAUCAUCUCUUCGAGAAUGGCCACAAAGUGCUCAUUUUCUCGCAAUUUACCACGCAGCUUGACAUUUUGGAAGAUUAUUGUGCAGAGCUGCGAGGAUGGAAAGCCUGCCGUAUCGAUGGCAGCAUUGCUCAAGCUGAUAGACGUGAGAGCAUCCGACUGUUCAACACCGACCCAGAAUACAAGAUUUUCUUGCUGUCCACUCGAGCAGGCGGCCAGGGUAUAAAUCUUGCAUCGGCAGACACUGUCAUUCUUUUCGACAGCGAUUUCAACCCCCAGCAAGAUCUGCAAGCCCAAGAUCGAGCCCAUCGUAUUGGUCAAACACGGCCGGUCAUCGUCUACCGCCUAGCCACAAAGGGCACCGUCGAAGAAUCUCUAUUGCUAUCUGCGGAUGCCAAGCGACGAUUGGAGAAACUCGUCAUCCGCAAAGGCGGAUUCAAGACAAUGGGCCAAAAACUCAACGACAAAGAGGAAGACUUGGAUCCUGAAACAUUACGAGCUUUGCUAUUAAAGGACGGCCAAGUCUACGAAGCAUCUGGUGGAGACGGAAUUCUAAGUGAUAAAGAUUUAGAAACAAUCUGUGACAGGAGCGAGGAGGCCUUUGAGAAGGCAGCCAGAGGAGAUGGCGAUGCCAAUGCAGAUGCAUUUAGAGUUGUUGAGACGGGUGCAGACUCUAUCAAGAUGACUAGGAAAAGCUGAAGUGAUUGAACUUGCUGAAUGGAUUUAUAUGGCUUUGAAUGAGCGAAUGAUUUAUUAGGUAUAGGAAUAAGAUAGAGUAGGAGUAAUUAUAUAACAACUUGCUUAGA